CAAGUUUGCUGGGCGAUGCCCUUCCCCGAGCCCAACUCGUGGGCUGGGCGGGAGGGGCGCGUGAUUGACAGGCUGAACUACAGACUCAUCUCUUACCUUAGGCCGCGGGCGCUGAUUGGCUGCUCGCUGACAUCCUCAAACCCGGCUGCUCCGCGCUGGGCUCCGGAGGGGGGCGGCUGCGGGUGGAGGUGCGCUUCUGACAAGCCCGAAAGUCAUUUCCAAUCUCAAGUGGACUUUGUUCCAACUAUUGGGGGCGUCGCUCCCCCUCUUCAUGGUCGCGGGCAAACUUCCUCCUCGGCGCCGCUUCUAAUGGAGCCCCACCUGCUCGGGCUGCUCCUCGGCCUCCUGCUCUGUGGCACCAGGGUCCUCGCCGGCUACCCAAUUUGGUGGUCCCUGGCCCUGGGCCAGCAGUACACAUCCCUGGGCUCCCAGCCCCUGCUCUGCGGGUCCAUCCCAGGCCUGGUCCCUAAGCAACUGCGCUUCUGCCGCAACUACAUCGAAAUCAUGCCCAGUGUGGCCGAGGGCGUGAAGCUGGGCAUCCAGGAGUGCCAACAUCAGUUCCGGGGCCGCCGCUGGAACUGCACCACCAUAGACGACAGCCUGGCCAUCUUCGGGCCUGUCCUCGACAAAGCCACCCGCGAAUCGGCCUUCGUGCACGCCAUCGCCUCGGCCGGCGUGGCCUUCGCCGUCACGCGCUCCUGUGCCGAGGGCACCUCCACCAUCUGCGGCUGCGACUCGCAUCAUAAGGGGCCGCCCGGCGAGGGCUGGAAGUGGGGCGGCUGCAGCGAGGAUGCCGACUUCGGGGUGCUGGUGUCCCGGGAGUUCGCGGACGCGCGCGAAAACAGGCCGGACGCGCGCUCGGCUAUGAACAAGCACAACAACGAGGCGGGCCGCACGACCAUCCUAGACCACAUGCACCUCAAAUGCAAGUGCCACGGGCUGUCGGGCAGCUGCGAGGUGAAGACAUGCUGGUGGGCCCAGCCCGACUUCCGCGCCAUCGGCGACUUCCUCAAGGACAAGUACGACAGCGCCUCGGAGAUGGUGGUGGAGAAGCACCGUGAGUCUCGCGGCUGGGUGGAGACACUCCGCGCCAAGUACGCGCUCUUCAAGCCGCCCACCGAGAGAGACCUGGUCUACUAUGAGAACUCCCCCAACUUUUGCGAGCCCAACCCCGAGACGGGCUCCUUUGGCACCAGGGACCGGACUUGCAAUGUCACCUCCCACGGCAUCGAUGGCUGCGACCUGCUCUGCUGCGGCCGCGGCCACAACACGAGGACGGAGAAGCGGAAGGAGAAAUGCCACUGCAUCUUCCACUGGUGCUGCUACGUGAGCUGCCAGGAGUGCGUCCGCAUCUACGACGUGCACACCUGCAAGUAGGGAGCCAGGGCGCUGGGAACGGGUGAAGUGUGUGGCUGGGCAGAUUCACCGAAGUCCUCUGGGAAGCGGGACCAAGAGCGGGCUCAGCCCUCAGCACCAGACAGCACGGAACCCGGACUGUUGCACACGUGGCACAUUCCCUGGA